GUCGCCAUCUCCCCUAAGGUUUAGGAAGCAAAAUAGGCACACAGUUGCUUGGAUGCAUCACUGGGUUGUAACAAGCAAGCCCAGUUAAAGGAAUGUCAUGAUGAUUCCGCUGCUGUUCCUUCUGCUGUUUCUCAGGCCCUUUUGUUCCUCUGCACCACGACUUUCAGAGAGGGAUGACUGCCUGUUGGAAAAUAGCAAGUUGAGACAGAAAUUGAAAACUCUCCAAGAUUUAUCCCAGUUAUAUGAAUUCCAGCUGAAGGACCUAAUGGGGAACAAUUAUCACAGACAAAGGAGCAAGGUCAUCUCUGCCAAGGGGCCAGUGCACCAGGAGCAGCCUUGGCCCACAACUAGUGGGAAUCUCUUGGUUUAUGAUCAAGAUUGUGCAAUGUUGUUCAAUCGGGGGCAAACUGCAAAUGGAUACUACAGAAUUAGACCUAGAAUGGACAAAGAACCAUUUCUUGUGUACUGUGACAUGUCAGAUGGUGGAGGAUGGACGGUGAUUCAACGGCGAAGCAAUGGCAAAGAGAAUUUCUACAGACAAUGGACUGAUUACAAAGAAGGGUUUGGACAGUUCCAGGGCAAAAAUGAUGAAUACUGGCUGGGUAAUGAUAAGAUUUAUGAUCUGCUACUUAGAGAAGAAAACUCCCUGAAGAUUGACCUGAGAGAUUGGCUUGGGGAGGAACGAUACGCAAUUUAUGAUGAUUUCCAGCUCAAGAAUGAGACGAACCAUUACAGGAUAUACUUUGGCACUUUUUCUGGGAAUGCUGGGGAUGCUUUGUCUGGAGGGAGCAACUUUGAGGACCAAUGGUCUACAUCGCUCAGUGGGAUGCCAUUCUCCACUCCUGACAGAGACAAUGAUCGGUUCCUAACAGGCAGCUGUGCAGAAGAGAACAAAUGUGGCUGGUGGUUUAACAGAUGCCAUGCAGCAAAUCUCAAUGGACUGUAUCACAAGAAGGGGAAAUACACGGGGACCUUUGACAAUGGAGUAGUUUGGUUCACGUGGCGAGGACUGUGGUAUUCCCUGAAAUACACAGCCAUGAAGAUCAGACCCCUGUCAUUUCUGGGUGGACAGAGUGGAGAUGGUGAAACAAGUUAAGAUGCUUCAACUGUGAGAAGAGAACAUGUCAUGCAAAAAGGGAUUUGAGGGAUUAGAUGCUGUUUAGGUCAAGACUCAUUGGUUACAUACUGUAACAUGACUUGAACAUGUUCUGAACCUGUUUCUAGGGUCAUUUGUUCCAAUUGUGCAUUAAAUUACAUUUUCCAUCAUACAUUCCCCUUUGGAUCUGCCAUAAUUAUUUGGCACCUCAACCUGCCCAGGCCAAGUGAACACAUUUGCCUUUAGAGAACAGAGUAGCAGCAAUGGCUUUCUUAGAUCACAGGGAAGUGGAUCCUCAGGGCAACAUGACCCGCAAAGGACUUCUCAGUCAACGCAGAGGGGAUAACCCAAAUGUGUGGUUUUCCUCCUGUUUAAACAACAAAUGCAUGCACAUUGUAAAUAUGAAACAGAGGAAGCUUCUAUAAAACUUUAAUUUCUAAGUUCCUUCUAGCCUUCAAAGUCGGCCCUUUAAUUCAAAACAUCUCUGAAAUUCCCAGUUGCAGUAAAGAACUACUUUGUCUCUUGCGAAAAGAGAAAAAAACAAAGCAUAAGCACAUAAAUGUUGUAUAAUUGGCAGGGAGCAGCCCUAUGAAUUGAAUCACUGAAAACUUGAUAUAGUGAGAGGGGAGAACCCCAACCAAACUGUUUCCAGUGGAGAGGGGAAGCUGCAUUUGGCAUGCACUGGCCACAAACCUCACCCCUUCCAGCUACCGGAUGUACAUACUGAUUCAUUCACAUGGUAUUUGAGUCCUUUUAAUUUGUUUUUUGACUAUGUUGGCUAUGGGAGAAGCCAGGAAUCUUGACUGAUGCCUAACGUAGCAGAAGACUUGCUAUGCAUUUUCACAAACGUUUUUUUGAAUUUGUAUUUUGUGCAUAUGAGAACAUGUGAAGGGCAAUUCUUAAAUCAGAAUCUGAGAAAACCAGAAGCAAAUGUAGGGAUCAAUAAAGCCCAAAGGCUAGAUGUCAUUUCAUCCCUCUACUAAAGAAGGAUGAACAGUGAUACUAAUUACCAACACUGUAUAUGUGAAAAUAAUCAAGUACAUUGUCAUAAUGCAACCUGAAUGAAAUCUAGUGAACAGCAGCAAUUGUGAAAAUAACUCAUUAUCUCUUACACCUCCUAGAGUUAGGUACAUAAAUGUAAAACUUUAUUUUUUUAUCACUGCCUAAAAUUUAUAUGUUAUAAAGUACUUUUUGUGGUUUCAGGGUGUAUUUUUACUUAUACUUUCAGAAGGAAAACAAAUGUAGAACAAGCCACAGAUCAGUCAUGGGAGAAAGAAUUGCCAAACAUAAACUAUGCCAAGUAAAUUUUGAACUGCUGCUGUAUUAGUAGCAGCAGCAGUCUGGGUUAUGGUGGGAAAAGGUUGCUUCUGUGUAGUUCAGAGUGAGGACUAUAUAGCCCUCCAACAGUUGCUGGACUGAAGUUAUAAUCAAGAGUAGCAAUGAAGGGAGCUGCAGUCCUAUACGAUUUAGAGGGCCAUCCACUCUUUAUCCUUGUGAUGGAUGGAAUCCCCCUUUUUUGCUAUAUAUGGAGCACUUUUGUCCCCCCAGAUGUUUUGGCCUAUAGUUCCCAUCCGCCUGACCCAACAUCAUCCAUGGAAAAGGGACUCCAGAAGUAGUGGCACUAAUUUAGGAAGAGCUUAUGUCUCUUACGUCAGAGAAUCAUUUGGUUUUCCAAAAGUGAUUUUGUGUCCGUUUGCAGAUGCGUGCCCUUUAGGGAGGACUGGGCCUCUUUCCCCUCUAAGGAAACGAAGACUGGCUCCAGGCAUUGCAUU